AUGGUGGCGGCUCAUAAGAGGAUCCAAAAUCCUCAAAAUCCAACAUGCGUUUGCAUUAUAUGGUUUUGCCUCUUGUUUUCUCUCUCUCACCAUGGACGAGCAUCUUCUUCAUCAACCUUAACCUCAACAUCUUCCUUCAAUCUUUCUCUCCCACACCAACACCCAUUCCCUGAACAUGUUGUUCUUGACGUUCAAAGGAAACUCAACGAGUCUCUCUUCAGAAGAAAUCUCCUCACUUACCAGCAAGACGACGACACGACGGCGUCGGCGCCAAUACCUUCUUGUAUCACCGGGAACCCAAUCGACGAUUGCUGGCGUUGCGAUCCAAACUGGUCGGAAAAUCGCCAACGACUCGCCGAUUGCUCAAUCGGCUUCGGACAAGGUACGCUCGGAGGUAAAGGCGGUCGCUUUUACCUCGUCACCGACUCCUCCGACAAUGACGCGGCGAACCCAAUUCCCGGAACCCUUCGUCACGCCGUGAUCCAGCCGGAACCUCUCUGGAUCGUCUUCGCCGGCGACAUGGGAAUCAAUCUCAAACACGAGCUCAUCGUCGGGAGCUACAAGACGAUCGACGGACGAGGCACGAAUAUCCAAAUCACCGGCCACGGAUGCCUCACGGUCCAGCAGGUGAGCCACGUCAUUAUCCACAAUGUCCACAUUCACCAUUGCAAACCCUCUGGCAACACUUUGGUCGCUUCGUCGCCGACGCACGUCGGGUUCCGAGGAGUCUCCGACGGAGAUGGAAUCUCAGUCUCGGCUUCGCAUCACAUUUGGGUCGAUCACUGCUCUCUCGGAUACUGCGCCGACGGACUCAUCGACGUCAUUCUCGCAUCCACCGCCGUCACGAUUUCAAACAACUAUUUCUAUCAGCACGACGAGGUUAUGCUCUUGGGUCACGACGACCGGUACACAGCGGACUCGGGGAUGCAAGUGACAAUUGCAUUCAACCAUUUCGGUGAGGGGCUUGUUCAGAGGAUGCCACGGUGUAGGCACGGUUAUAUCCACGUGGUGAACAAUGAUUUCACGGCUUGGGAAAUGUAUGCAAUCGGCGGAAGUGCUAACCCUACGAUCAAUAGUCAGGGCAACCGUUACACCGCACCUAUUGAUCCCAAUGCCAAAGAGGUGACGAAGCGCGUGGAGACAAACGAGAAUCACUGGGGGAAAUGGAACUGGAGAACGGAUGGAGACGUGAUGGUUAACGGAGCGUUUUUUGUGCCGUCAGGUGACGGAGUGAGUCCUGCCUACGCGAGAGCCACCAGUGUUCAGGCGAAAGCCGCCGCAAUCAUUGAUCAACUAACGGUCAAUGCCGGCGUUUUCGGCGACCCCAGUGGGAGAAACGGCCAAGGAGGAGGUUUUCCCGGAGGUGGGACCAUCACACGAGGUUACAGUAAAGGUGGACCCGGUGCUGGUGACGGUGGCGGCAGCAGCGAUAGCGAUGGUGGUCUUUUCUCAAUGAUAUUCGGUAGCAAUAGCAGUGCGGCUUCGGCUCUGAGGCCGGAACAAGUCUGGUCGAUUUUAUUCACUAUCAUUUUACUUUGGUAUUAUUUUCCACACCAUACGAGAUGA